AUGCCGCGCCUAGACGACAGCACCCAUCAGAUCCUGCAGGACGCCGAGCAAGGCAUCCGCCGCCGCACCGUCGACGCGUGGGACAGCUUCAGCAACUUUGCCCUACGCGACAAUGUGCUCGAGGUAGCCGUUGGCUUGAUCCUAGCAGCCUCCUUCACCGCCUGUGCCAACGCCCUCGUAACCGACAUCAUCCUGCCAAUCAUCUCACUGCUCCCGUUUCUGGUGCGCAACCUCGACGCCAAAUUUGCCGUGCUGCACCACGGCCCAAACUACAACGCCUCGAUUGCAAACGGCUACAAUACCCCGCAGCAGGCGCUCGACGACGGCGCCGUCGUGCUGGCCUACGGCGACUUUCUCGACAAGAUUGUGCGCUUUAUGGUUGUGGCGCUGGCGCUUUGGAUCAUUGCCCUCGCCUACAGCAGGGGCAGUGGCGAUAAUAUUGUGAAGAGGCAGGUCAAGUCUGGACGGAUGGCAGAGAGGACCGCGCCAUUGAUGGAUAACAAGAUGAGCAAGAAAUGAGGAUUGUCACUGUAAUCUGUCCUUGUCUUGUUCAUCUUGGCCUUCCUUGUCAUCACGGUAUCAAAGGGAUUUCUUCCCCUCUUUGACUCCGGAAUCGCCCGCUCCGGCAUGACGAUGGUAAUGAUGAUGAUGCGUGUGCAACGUCUCU